AUGGCAAAAAGUUUUUGGAGCAUCAAUGGGAUCGGUUAUUCGUUUUCUAAUUCUUCGGGAAGGUCGGGAGGCCUUUUAACUUUGUGGAAGGAGGACGUGGUGGAGGUCAUUAAUAGUUUCAAAGGUGAGGGGUAUCUUGGAGUGAAAUUUCGGAAGAACCUCAAUUUCUUUUAUUUAGUGAACGUUUAUUCUUCUUGCGACAUUGAUAAGAAAAGGAGGUUAUGGAGUAGACUAUUGGAAUUAAAGGAGAGCUAUGAUGACGGUGAAUGGAUUAUGGGGGGUGACUUUAAUGCGAUUAAGAAGAGGAGUGAGAGGAAGGGAAGAGGGAUUGUGCAUAACACUAAUGAUUUAGAGGGCUUCGCGGAGUUCAUAGAAGAGAGUGGUUUGGUGGAUGUUCCUUGCAAAGGAAAAAAGUUUUCUUGGUUUAGCGGGGAUGGUAAAUCGAUGAGUAGGAUUGAUAGAUUUAUUAUUUCGGAUAAGGUGGUGAACGAUUGGGGUGUGAUUGGCCAAAGAAUAGGAGAUAGAGAUGUCUCGGACCAUUGUCCAAUUUGGUUGGAAGUGGAUACUAAGAAUUGGGGUCCUAAGCCUUUUAAAUUCAACAAUGAAUGGUUUUCGUGUAGUUCCUUUUAUGAUUUUGUGGAGAAGGAAUGGAAUAGUUUUAAAGUGGAAGGUAGAGGCGACUUCGUUUUGAAACAAAAACUUUUUCUUUUGAAAGGAAGGCUAAAGUGGUGGAAUAAGGAGGUUUUUGGUAAAAAGGAUUUGGAGAUUCAAGAGGAGGUCAAUGAGAUUAAUCAUCGGGAUCUUUUGUUGGAAGUGGAAGCGGAGGAAUCUCACCCGGAAAUUGUUACUAAAAGAAAAGAAGCUACUAGGCGGUUUUGGAGGAACUUAAGGAUAAAAGAGAAUAUGUUAGCUCAAAAAGCAAACUUGAAGUGGUUAAAGGAAGGUGAUUCUAAUAGCGGUUUUUUUCACAAGGUAAUGAAAGAAAAAAGAAGGUAUAAUCAUAUAGGUCCCAUUAAUACUUCGGAAGGUGUUUUGGAUUCGGUGUUGGAGAUUAAAGAGCAUGUUGUCCGGCAUUUUUCCAAAAAAUUUGAAGAGGAGGAGGGAAUUUCACCGUUGUUAGAAGGGAUUGUGUUCGAUAGGAUUAAUGAUGAGGAUAAGGUGUGGCUAGAGAGACCUUUUCAAGAAGAUGAAGUUAAAUAG